CAACUCACUGCACUGCUCUUUCUCACUCUUCCCUCCUUUAAUCAUUCUCGCACAGUCGCACCUCCCCAAUCAUAAUUCAAUUCUAUAUCAAACUUCAUGGAAUCUGAUAUAGUUUUGCUGUUUGUUUUGCAAAUAUAAAUUCAGAUAUAACUUCAAUUCUUCCUUCAACAAAUAUUACCAACUUGAUAUUAUAUCCUCCCUCAAAAAAACAAAAAACGAUAUUAUAUCCGUCACAAAAUCUCCAGCUCGUUUUUCUAAUCUCGUUUAUCUUAUAUGCAUCGUUUGUAAUAAUAUAUAUUCGAUUAUAAUCAUCGUAAAAAUAAGAAAUAAAAGCUCUCGAAAAGUAUAUCAAAUAGAAUUAGGCAGAUGCCUCAUUGACUUUUAUCUCUCAACCAAUUUAUCCACCUUCUUUUGUUUGUUACUCAACCUCUUUUUCUACACAAAUUAAUUUAUUUUGUCACAACACUUUUCAAAACUCAAAACUAACUUAUCCCAACCUUUCAUGCAAUUCCCGCUCUAUGCUCUCACAAAUGGACCUCCUCUUUUCCUUCCUCCUCCUCUUCCUCUCCACUUCACUCCUCCACCCCUCCUCCGCCGCCAAUGACACGGCGGCGCUCGCCUCCUUCCGCUCCCUAGCCGACAUCCACGGAGCACUCCUCUCAAAUUGGACCGCCACAACCACCGCAUGCACGGCCAAUUGGCUCGGCAUAAAUUGCACCAACGGCCGCGUCACCGCCGUCUCCCUCCCCUUCCUCAACCUCCGCGGCCCCAUCACCGCCCUCUCCUCGCUCGACCAGCUCCGCCUCCUCGACCUCCGCGGCAACCGCCUCAACGGCACGGUCGCCCCCCUCGCGCAAUGCCUCAACCUCAAGCUCGUCUACCUCUCCGGAAACGAUUUCUCCGGCGAGAUACCGCCGGAAAUGUCCUCCCUCCACCGCCUUCUCCGCCUCGACCUCUCCAACAACAACCUCCGCGGCCCCAUUCCCUCUCAACUCUCCAACCUAUCACGCUUGCUCACUCUCAAUCUCCAAAACAACCAACUCUCCGGUCAAAUUCCAAACUUCCUCGAUUCCCUUCCACACCUCACACAACUAAACCUAUCAAACAACGAGCUCUCCGGCAUGCUGCCGGAGAGCCUACCAUCGCGAUACGGCAACAGUAGCUUCUCCGGUAAUCAAGGCCUUUGCGGGAAGACCCCUCUUCCCAACUGCUCACGCACUGCCGAUACUCAGCCAUCGUCGCUUCCCAAAAUAACCGUGCCGUCGAAUCCGAGCUCUCUCCCUCCGCCGUCGAAGAAGCAUCAUAAACGGCUGAGCAAAGGGGAGAUCAUAGCUCUGGUGGCCGCGAAUACACUGCUGCUGUUGAUGAUCGCGACGCUGUGCUGCUGCUGCUGCAAGGCCUCGACCGCCGCGAGCUCGACGGCGGCGGGCAGCGACGGCAGGAAGCGGAGCAGCAGCUACUCGAGCGAGAAGAAAGCGCACGGCAGCGGCGGAGACAGCGACAGCACCGACAAGAGCAAGCUAGUGUUUUUCGACCGGAAGAAGCAGUUCGAGCUGGACGACCUUCUCCGAGCAUCCGCGGAGUUGCUCGGAAAAGGGAGCCUAGGCACGGUGUACCGAGCCGUCCUCGACGACGGCAGCGCCGUCGCUGUGAAACGGCUCAAGGAUUCGAACCCUUGCACCAGAAAAGAAUUCGAGCAAUACAUGGAUGUGAUCGGGAAGCUUCGGCAUCCAAAUGUAGUGAAAUUAAGAGCUUAUUACUAUGCAAGAGAGGAGAAGUUGUUGGUUUAUGAUUAUCUGCCUAAUGCCAGCCUACAUUCACUUCUUCAUGGGAUCAGAGGGCCGGGAAGAAUCCCACUGGAUUGGACGACGAGGAUCAGCUUGAUCCUCGGCGCGGCACGAGGGCUUUCAAGAAUCCAUGAGGAGUAUGCUGGUUCAAGAAUUCCUCAUGGCAAUGUCAGAUCAUCCAACGUUUUGUUGGACAAGAAUGGCAAUGCCUGCAUUUCCGAUUUCGGGCUGUCGUUGCUGCUGAACCCGGUUCACGCCGUAGCUAGAUUGGGAGGGUACAUAGCGCCGGAGCAAGGUGAGAUGAAGCGCCUCUCGCAGAAGGCUGAUGUGUAUAGCUUCGGAGUUUUGCUGCUUGAAGUGCUCACCGGGAAGGCCCCGUCGCAGCACCCUUCUCCGACCGGGGAGGAGGAGGCGGUGGUGGACUUGCCGAAGUGGGUGAGGUCGGUGGUGAGGGAUGAGUGGACGGCUGAGGUGUUUGAUCAAGAACUGUUGAGGUACAAGAACAUUGAGGAGGAGCUGGUGUCGAUGUUGCAUGUGGCAAUGGCGUGCGUGAUGGCGCAGCCGGAGAAGAGGCCGGCGAUGGGGGAGGUUGUGAGGAUGAUAGAGGAGAUAAGGGUGGAGCAGUCGCCAUUGGGUGAGGACUACGAUGAGUCGCGUAACUCGCUCUCGCCAUCGCUCGCCACCACCGAAGAUGGAUUCGUCUGAGGUUGGGCUCGAUCGCCGUUGCUGCUGAGUUUGCAGCCUCUCUCGUUGCAGAUUUUUUGGGGUGGUGGUUGGUUUAGCUUUAUUACUAUUUGUGUUGAAAUAGGGAAGGUGAUGACCGGAUGUUGUGUUGAUCUCUUGUCGCUUCAGAAUUCAGCUGUUGUGAUUCAGUUUUAUCAUUUUCAAUUGUUAUUGUGAAAAGGGUUUCAAUUGUUAUUGUGAAAAGGGUUCUGAUCCAAUCAAUAAUCCAUGUUCUAUUAUUGUGAAAA